AUGAAUGAGAUGGACCGUGCACCUGUGAGCAGCCGCCGUCCGUGCGCCUCGCAGGACCCGCAAAGACGGCCGCUGUGCCGGGAGGAGGAGGGAGCAACGCCCACCGCGCUGGCUGUGUCGUCGACGACAUUGGGCGGACGCGGCGGCGCUCACAUGUGUAGUUGCACUGUCUCCUCACCGAACCGUGAAGGUACCUGUAGCUCAAACAUCUUGUCGUACACGCUAACGCACUCUACCAGCCCCGUGGUUCCGUGGGGUUGUGGGCGACAGCCGAACCACCUCCAAGCGCCGCCGCGCCUGGCACCGCUGACGGAGUCCCCGAUCGUAGCGCGAGGGUUUGGUCCACCGCCCAUCGCCCCAGCUCCCCUCGCGCUCGCUGAGUCAUCUGAGCACGCUCUUUGUGCGCCCCAGCUCACGUUCACCGCCGGUGCUCCUGGCGGGACGUGCCUAUGCUCGGCGCGCUCCGCACUUCCCCUUCUGCCCUUUUCCAGUGUCUUGACGGCAAGUCAGCGGGCCACGCCGGUGCCUGUUUGGCGGCGCAGCAAGCCGCUCACCCGGCUGCCCGCCACCACGCUGGGACCGACACUAAGCGGCAACAGUGGAAGUCCCGACGAUGUCGUCGUCGCUCUCUCCGAUGCUAGCAUGCCGAAAGGGGAGACGGGAGAGUGGAUGUGCGCAGAGGCGUCGCUGCAGCCCAGCGCCGCGGAGCCUACACCGAACGCCGGAUCAGCCGUGCGCCAUGUCGACUACCAAGCCGCCGCUACGCAGACGGGGUGCGUUGGCAGCUCCCUCGCUGCGAAGGUCGCUACAGAAAGCAGCCAGAUGGCCUUGCCGGAUGCUCUAGCUCAUCUGGUGGAACCUCCACAAGGGGCGUCUGCGCCAUCGAAAACGGCGACGGAUCAGCUGGUGAACGCGCCCGUGGGCGAUAUAGAGCUGCGCAAGCGUCGCGAGGAGGACAGUUCGGAUGCCCGUGCGUCGUUGUCAUCGGCGCUGUCUUCCCUGGGGCAUCCCAGCAACCACAAUGUUCAUAGUAGCGUAGACGGCGUGCUGUGGGCGCAUGAGGCGCCUGAGCAGCCGGCCUACGCGCACCAGCACCAACUUCCUGCCAUCUUCUCGCAGCUAGUGCAGGAUUUGUUGGCGGCGGAGCCAAGGGCUGAUGUUGAGGGCGACGAUGACCUGCUGGAGCGAUGGAUACAAUCGUGGUUCGAAAAUCGAUGCAUGACGCAACCGCUGCAGCAGUCGCGGAGUAACUCCAUGAAACACCUGCGUACGCUUCAGGAGGCCGCUGUCGGAGCUAUCGCGAACGGGGCCUACGUCCAGGGCGCAAGAAGCUCCAACUACGUCGAACCACGAGAAAAGCCGGCGGUAGACAAGAAUGUAGGCGAUGCGACGCAUGCCGGGCCUGCUGCGCGUCCCGCUGCCGGUCCUUCCACCACCAUCAGUGCUUCUGCUGCUGUGACGAGGACGACGACGAAGUCUGCCUCCGCACAGUUGUUCCCAUCGUCGACAGCAGCUUCGCCGCCGCACCAGUACGUGCCACUGACGGUUGAGUACAGCUGCAGUACUCUGCAAAGCCGCAUGACCAGUGGCGCAUCGCAGCGGGCAACCUCGCCGCCCAAGCCGCCGCAGGCACAGCCUCUUCCAGUAUCGCCAGGCACUCUCCACACCGCUGGAGCUAGCAGCACCCCAGGUCCGCCGCCACAUAGUGCUGCAGACGGCGGCGGGGGCGUUCUCGCAGCUGUAGUCGGGCUUUCAUCCCCACCACAGCAGCCACAGCAGCAGCCACAGCCGGCGAAGCCGCUGUCUGGCGGCCCACAUUUGCCAGCCCCGGCGUCGACGCGCUCCAUGUCAUCGAAGCAGACCGUCGUCGCCGCAGCAGCUCUUGCCGGUGGCGGCGAGGGUGAUAAGGGCGCCAGCGGCGCACGCCCGAAGCUGGCGACGACGGCGUGCGCCGUGUUCGCCCAUUCUUCCUCAUCCUCGGCACCAAAGGAAGCGGCACACCCGCAUGAGUGA